AGAGAAGCGUUUUUUGCGUGACAAUUUAUUUGUUUAGUAUUAUUACCUGUGAAAUUCUGUUCUCAUUUUUCUUUCAAGAACUAAGCGAAAAUGGCAGCAGAGGAAGGCCAAGUCUACGGUUGCCACAAUCUUGAAUCAUGGAACGAGCAGCUUCAAAAAGGCAACGACUCCAAAAAAUUGGUGGUGGUUGAUUUCACUGCUUCAUGGUGUGGACCCUGCCGUUUCAUUGCACCUUUCCUGGCUGAACUAGCCAAGAGGUUCCCUUCUGUUAUCUUUCUUAAGGUGGAUGUGGAUGAGUUGAAGGAGGUUGCUACCGAUUGGGCAGUGGAGGCUAUGCCGACUUUCAUGUUCAUCAAGGAAGGGAAGAUUGUGGACAAAGUGACGGGAGCAAAGAAAGAAGAGCUUCAGCAGACUGUGAUAAAGCAUAUGGCUGCCACCAGUACUACUUCUUCAGCUUGAUUUUAUGAUAAUUAUUAGUUCAACUGUCUUUAUCUUUAAUGUUUGGAGGAACUUGACCUCAUGAUUAUGUCCUGCUACAUCUCUUAUGUUAUUAGACCUUAAGUUUCUUUAUCUAUGGAUCUUUCAUUUUAUUUAAA